CACUGCAGCGCAGCUUUGCUCAGCCCGACCACAGUAGGCUCGACCAUCGUCUCAAACGAAGCGAGCUUACCGCAAAAGCAGCUUACAACGCGGUGCGAGAGAGGAAAUCCUCACGGUGCUCUCUCCCCCGCUUCACAAGUGCUCCCUACCGAGAAAAAAAAAACUCUCUCGGUAGGAAUUUAAUUUCCCCCCCUUAUUCUUCACAUCCCAUUGCCACAAGGUGCGAGCCUCUCUUCAUCAGCGUCUGUACAAUUUCUUCUUCUUCGCCUUUCAGGGGAAAUACUCCGGGUGCAUAAUUGCGUGAGUUAUAUUGCCGUGCUGCGCUGGGAGGGUAGGCAGCAUUGUACUGCCUUGCACAUCAUCCGAGCGGUUUCAUAGUCGGCUGAAUAAAGCCGACUUAUAUCGAUCGUCGAGCGCUGACAAGGUUUAGCAAACAUGGCCUCGCCCCUCCAGCUGAUUUGGGCAGCCGCGUUGCUAGCCGCCGUGAUGACGUCAUGCGUGGUGCGCACAGCGCCCACUGGCGUCAAGGAGCAGGAAUCGGACGCCGGGAAAUUCCAGGAAGCAGUGUUGGAGGAGGCGGGAAACACGGAGGAUGUUGACGAAGCCGUCGGGGAUGCAUUGGCCAAAGAUGCAAAGAUUGAAAAGGAGGAGACACUGUUGGCCGAAGGCGAGCAUGGCGAGGCCCUCGAUGGAGACGAGGAAGAAAAGGAGGAGGUAGUGGAGGAUGCAAUGGAUGAGGUCCUCAAUAGAGGUAAGGAUGAGGUUAUUGAGGACCUCAAAGAAGACGUCAUCAAUGAUGCUGACUCCAUGGAAACCGAUGAUGUCAUCGUCACUGGGAGCAGCAGCCAGCCGGAGGCCAGUGACUAUCUGUGGGAGCCAUCCUUCGAGUACGACCUCUCCGAAGGUGACCUCGACACCUGGUACUUGUACAACCUCCCCGAUGAACCCAGCGAGUGGUCCAGCAACUUUGAAAUCUUUGACGAGGAGUACUUUCCCUACUACGGCUCCAGUUACGAAGACGUGAAUGGAGUUUACGACGAUCUUGACAACAACCUCCUCUUCGAUAUGCCUCCGGGAGUAUUUAAUGGCAUCCCCGCAGAGGAGCUCAAUAACAAAGUCGACCAGACGGUGGACGAGUUCCUGUGCAUGUUGGGAUUGUGCGAUGAUGUCAGAGUCUACCCAGACGAUGACGUUUGGGAGGAACCAAAUGAGAUUCAGUUCACCGAGGAAGGCAUGCUUGGCAACAGCAACGAGGUAGAGGAAGAAUCUGAGGAGAAAGAUAUCUACCCGGUGGAUGUCAAAUCCGAAGAGCAGAAGGAGGAAGCCACAAAUAGCAGUGCUAAGGCCGAGGCUGCUGAUGGUCAGCCACCACCAGUGGGCAGCAGACACAGGAGCAAGCGUGACCUCUCUUGGGAUCAGCUGGAGCGAGAUAACGAGCUGCUCAGUAAGAUCAACUCCCUGGAGGUGGAUGGGGCAGUUGAGGAAACAGCAGAGGAUGACACCGGCCUGACCGCAGCAGACCGCUUCGAGGACCUCCUGGAGUACUUCAAGGAUGAGGCAGCCGAGAACGAAAAGGCAGCAGAUGAAGAGGAGUUCUACCUGGCAGUCCCAGAGCCCAUUCUGAAUGAGAUCGUCCGAGAGGCCACUGGGGGCGAGUUCCAAGACGUCAUCGAGGAUGAGGAGGCACUGGAGGAGGAAGAGGAUCAGGCCAACCUAGCGGAUGGGAUAGAAGAAACCGGAGGAUUUAUUGAGGAUGCUGAGGAUGUGGAGGGAGGAGAUGAAUGGGGUGCUUAUCUUGUUCCAGGAUCGCCGUACGUCCAGGACACCCUGAAGUACGAUGGAUAUAAGCGGGAUGACGAGAGGGAGGCUCUGAAGGUGUACAUCGAGAGCUUGCAGAAUCUGGAAGGGUAUCGCAAGAGGACGGACCGGGGAGAUGAUGGUUCACGAUCAGCGGCAGAUUUUCUGAGACAGCUUGUUCCCAGAAGUCCGCCCAACGCCAUUCGCUACCCUAAAACUGGUCUGGAGCCAUUCUCGCGGGAAAAAUACUUCCCUCUCUUUUCCGACCCCGACGUUAUGGAACGAGAUGUUGAGGACGAUGAUGAGGACAUCUUGGACACUAAUCAAGAGGACCUCCUGGAAAGGUACAACGAGUUGAUGGAGCUGCUCAACAACGAGCUAGAGGCCACAGUCUUGAUCUCGACCAUCCAGGACAUGGCGGCGGAGCUCGGUAGAGACCGGCAGCUCUUGGAUGAGCUGGCCGAAGAAGAAGCUGAGGAGGAGCUGCAGCUGGCCCUGGACGAAAACAACCAAGAGAUUCUUGAGCUGGUGGGAAUCGCAAACAGCCAUCCGAUGAAGCGGGCCCCGCGCAUAAUCGACUAUCCAGAUUUUAACGAGUACCCUCCGGAGUUCCACCGCUCCGUGCCAGCAUUCGAGGGGAAGGCCAACAGUCUGAGUGAGGAGGAGAUGCUGAGGCUCUACGAGGAGUACCUCAAUGAAGCCGCCGAGGAGGCCAAGUGGGGUGACUUCAUAUACCAGCCGCGUGAGAGGCGAGAGGGGGAGGAUAGCCUGACAGGACCUCACGGGGCUUACUACGUCCAGGGCCGGAUGAUGGGUGACCUCAUGAAGCCCAAGCGAGAAUGGAUGAGUAAGAGAGAUGACCCUGCACUCUACAUCACGGAUGAUGAGACGGAUCAACCUUACAUUCUCCUGGAUCCGUCAGACCUCGGCUAUGUUGAGUGGCCGGGUGAUUUCGAGAUCUUCUAUGACACGAGGGACGGGACUUAUGUCUUGUACCCCUACCCCAAGCCCCAAGAUGCAAGUGUUCUAUCAGACGAGGCCUUACUAGAUGAUCAAGGGUUGUCAGAGAGGAACUUUGUCAUUGAUGACGGUGGUGAUGCGGUCGGGGAGGAAAGGGAAGAGUGGGGAGAUUUUAAAGAUGAUGGUGUUCUCCUGAAUGAUAUGAAGACCAUCGAAGAUGACCUCGACCAGCUCGAAGAUCUCCAGAUUCUCACCGAGAUUGCGGCAAAGCUGGGGAGAGAAGACGAGCGGGCGAGAGAGGAGGAGACUCUCUUGAGGGCGCUGUUGGGGAAGUGAAGAUGAUGUGGUAACAUUCGCGGGGAAUCAUGGGAAGAAAUGGAAGCCUAUGUUAUGCACAACAUCGAAAUAAGACUGGAAAAUGGUUCCAUCCAACCCAAAGUAUUUUUGUGUGAUUAAGAAUAUUUUACAAAAUUAUGUAUAACUUGUGGAAGCCCCGUAUGAGUUUGAUCUUGCAUAAAUGAUCUUGCGGAAUAUUAUCGUGUGGGUGCAUCAACUAUUACAGAAAAGAUACAUUUUCGUUCUGAAUUAUCGUAUAUUAUAAGCACAGCUAUGUGGAAAUUAAAGCACGCACGCCAAUGAGCAAUGUACCAUAAACACCAAUAUUAUAUUUAUGAUUGUGAAAAAAACCGUAACAUUCCGAAUGAUGAAUUUAUUUUUUGAUGUUUAUUGAGAGUAUAGAAAUAUUUGAGUUACAUAAAGGUUUUGAUGGUUAACCAUUAUGUGUGUUAUAGCUUAAACUUUCAAGAAGGUGCAAUAUCUACUUACUAAAUACGUAAUUGGUGAUUGAGCUUAAAAACACGCAGCUCGUACGGUGCAUCGAAUUUAAAUUCAAAAUGUGCAAUAUUUUUUGUUUCGUUUAUGAUGUGUGCCGUUUUAUUGAUUAUCAUAUUGUACUAUAAGAUUAGUAAUGAACAUCACGUUGCAUUUGGCAUAUUAGUGAAUAGCACUUAACUAAAGCACAGCUGUUUUGUUUUUGUUUCAUUAUUAUCAGAACAGAAAAAAUGACUUCGUAGUAUAGUUUUGGUGGACCGUUCGGGCACAAAUAAAUUGUAGGGCAUAAAAGCAUACAAGCUAGUGGUUAGUAAUAUGUAAACUAUCUGACUAUGGGGCUAAGUCAUGAGGGAGUUGAUCUUCAAAUUCGUGGCCAAAGUAUUAUUUGAAUGAAAUGAUUUAUAUAAGAUACACAAGUACAUUGGCAAUUUCUUUGAAGUUCUGAAAAGGAUCCGUAACUGUGACAAAAUGUUGGAUUAUUAAAAUGGCAUUACGUAAUGUUAUCUGGUCUACACAAUGCCGGUGUCAUAUGAAAAUCCGACUCCUAUGGAAAUCGGACCCAUUUCCCUAUGAUUGGUUAAUCCCUCGCAUGUGACAGGUCACUCUCCCAUAAUGAUCCUAAAAUAGCAUAUUAUCGGACUUCCGCAUGCGCAAUACUGCCAAUGAGUCCAUAUUUCAUGGAGUCGGAUAUUCUCGCUACACCUGAUUGAACUCAUUCGUCGGUAUUACGGGGUAAUCCCAUAAGAUAGCACUGCCCGGCUGGGACAAGCAAGAAUGAGUAUUUGUUUCUCCCUGCUUAAAUUACUGUUUGGUCGUACUCGUAACAUAUAUUUGGUUCACACAUUGGCGUUGAUUUAAAUAAAAUUUCGACUCGCUGCCUAUCGAGUCGACAAACUA